CCGAACCGAUCCGGAUUAAGGGGCCGGAGGCGGGUCCUGGGCACCAGCGGUUCCGACCCCCCCCCGCCCUCCGCGCCGCACCCGAGUGGCCCCCAGCCGAGCGGGCCCCCACCUCCUGGCCCUGCCUGGGCCCUCCUGCGCCUCCCUUGGCCUUUGUCCGGCGCCAGGAGGCCGGUCCCGCGCCCCCCGCGGCCGCCCGGGCCCGGGCCCGCGUCAGGCGCCUGGCUCUGUACGCGAGCCCGGGGAUCUGCGGCCUUCGUGCCCCCCUUCCCCCGCCCGCCCUCUCGUGGAGCCCGGCGCCGGCGGCGGCUGCCCGGGCGGGGGGUUGCGGCGCUCAGGAGAGGCCCCGGCUCCGCCCCGGGCCUGCCCAGGGGGAGAGCGGAGCGGCCCGCAGCCGGGUCGGGUCGGGGCCCCUCCCGGGAGGAGCGUGGAGCGGCGGCGGCGGCGGCAGUAGAAAUGAUGGAAGAAUUGCAUAGCCUGGACCCACGACGGCAGGAAUUACUGGAGGCCAGGUUUACUGGAGUAGGUGUUAGUAAGGGACCACUUAAUAGUGAGUCUUCCAACCAGAGCUUGUGCAGCGUCGGAUCCUUGAGUGAUAAAGAAGUUGAGACUCCCGAGAAAAAGCAGAAUGACCAGCGAAAUCGGAAAAGAAAAGCUGAACCAUAUGAAACUAGCCAAGGGAAAGGCACUCCUAGGGGACAUAAAAUUAGUGAUUACUUUGAGUUUGCUGGGGGAAGCGGGCCAGGAACCAGCCCUGGCAGAAGUGUUCCACCAGUUGCACGAUCCUCACCGCAACAUUCCUUAUCCAAUCCCUUACCGCGACGAGUAGAACAGCCCCUCUAUGGUUUAGAUGGCAGUGCUGCAAAGGAGGCAACGGAGGAGCAGUCUGCUCUGCCAACCCUCAUGUCAGUGAUGCUAGCAAAACCUCGUCUUGACACAGAGCAGCUGGCACAAAGGGGAGCUGGCCUCUGCUUCACUUUUGUUUCAGCUCAGCAAAACAGUCCCUCAUCUACGGGAUCUGGCAACACAGAGCAUUCCUGCAGCUCCCAAAAACAGAUCUCCAUCCAGCACAGACAGACCCAGUCGGACCUCACAAUAGAAAAAAUAUCUGCACUAGAAAACAGUAAGAAUUCUGACUUAGAGAAGAAGGAGGGAAGAAUAGAUGAUUUAUUAAGAGCCAACUGUGAUUUGAGACGGCAGAUUGAUGAACAGCAAAAGAUGCUAGAGAAAUACAAGGAACGAUUAAAUAGAUGUGUGACAAUGAGCAAGAAACUCCUUAUAGAAAAGUCAAAACAAGAGAAGAUGGCAUGUAGAGAUAAGAGCAUGCAAGACCGCUUGAGACUGGGCCACUUUACUACUGUCCGACACGGAGCCUCAUUUACUGAACAGUGGACAGAUGGUUAUGCUUUUCAGAAUCUUAUCAAGCAACAGGAAAGGAUAAAUUCACAGAGGGAAGAGAUAGAAAGACAACGGAAAAUGUUAGCAAAGCGGAAACCUCCUGCCAUGGGUCAGGCCCCUCCUGCAACCAAUGAGCAGAAACAGCGGAAAAGCAAGACCAAUGGAGCUGAAAAUGAAACGCCUUCUUCUGGGAAUACAGAGCUAAAGGAUACAGCCCCAGCCUUAGGAGCCCACAGUUUACUUAGGUUAACGUUAGCAGAAUACCAUGAACAAGAAGAAAUCUUCAAACUCAGAUUAGGUCAUCUUAAAAAGGAGGAAGCAGAGAUCCAGGCAGAGCUGGAGAGGCUAGAAAGGGUUAGAAAUCUACAUAUCAGGGAACUAAAAAGGAUACAUAAUGAAGAUAAUUCACAAUUUAAAGAUCAUCCAACGCUAAAUGACAGAUAUUUGUUGUUACAUCUUUUGGGUAGAGGAGGUUUCAGUGAAGUUUACAAGGCAUUUGAUUUAACAGAGCAAAGAUACGUAGCUGUGAAAAUUCACCAGUUAAAUAAAAACUGGAGAGAUGAGAAAAAGGAGAAUUACCACAAGCAUGCAUGUAGGGAAUACCGGAUUCAUAAAGAACUGGAUCAUCCCAGAAUAGUUAAGCUGUAUGAUUACUUUUCACUGGAUACUGACUCGUUUUGUACAGUAUUAGAAUACUGUGAGGGAAAUGAUCUGGACUUCUACCUGAAACAGCACAAAUUAAUGUCGGAGAAAGAGGCCCGGUCCAUUAUCAUGCAGAUUGUGAAUGCUUUAAAGUACUUAAAUGAAAUAAAACCUCCCAUCAUACACUAUGACCUCAAACCAGGUAAUAUUCUUUUAGUAAAUGGUACAGCGUGUGGAGAGAUAAAAAUUACAGAUUUUGGUCUUUCGAAGAUCAUGGAUGAUGAUAGCUACAAUUCAGUGGAUGGCAUGGAGCUAACAUCACAAGGUGCUGGUACUUAUUGGUAUUUACCACCAGAGUGUUUUGUGGUUGGGAAAGAACCACCAAAGAUCUCAAAUAAAGUUGAUGUGUGGUCGGUGGGUGUGAUCUUCUAUCAGUGUCUUUAUGGAAGGAAGCCUUUUGGCCAUAACCAGUCUCAGCAAGACAUCCUACAAGAGAAUACGAUUCUUAAAGCUACUGAAGUACAGUUCCCGCCAAAGCCAGUAGUAACACCUGAAGCAAAGGCGUUUAUUCGACGAUGCUUGGCCUACCGAAAGGAGGACCGCAUUGAUGUCCAGCAGCUGGCCUGUGAUCCCUACUUGUUGCCUCACAUCCGAAAGUCAGUCUCUACGAGUAGCCCUGCUGGAGCUGCUAUUGCAUCAACCUCUGGGGCGUCCAAUAACAGUUCUUCUAAUUGAGACCAACUCCAAGGCCACAAACUGUUCAACACACACAAAGUGGACAAAUGGCAUUCAGCAGCGGGUUUGGAACAUAGCGAAUCCGAAUGGAUCUGAUGAAACCUGUACCAGGUGCUUUUAUUUUCUUGCUUUUUUCCCAUCCAUAGAGCAUGACAGCAUCGAUUCUCAUUGAGGAGAAACCUUGGGCAGCUCUGGCCAGGCCUCGUAGGAAAAGGCCCCGCCCGAGGUUCCAGCGUCAACGGCCACUGUGUGUGGCUGCUCUGAGUGAGGAAAAAAUUAAAAAGAAAAACUGGUUCCAUGUACUGUGAACUUGAAAACAUGCAGACUCAGGGGGGUCCCUGAUGCAGUGCUUCAGAUGAAGAAUGUGGACUUGAAAAUACAGACUGGGCUAGUCCAGUGUCUAUAUUUAAACUUGUUCUUUUCUUUUAAUAAAGUUUAGGUAACAUCUCCUGAAAAGCUUGUAGCACAAAGGCUCAGCUGGGGAUGGUGUUUGACUUCGGAGGAAAAAAGUUGCUAUUGCCCGUUAAAGGCACUAGAGUUAGUGUUUUAUCCCUAAAUAAUUUCAAUUUUUAAAAACAUGCAGCUUCCCUCUCCCCUUUUUUAUUUUUGAAAGAAUACAUUUGGUCAUAAAGUGAAACCUGUAUUAGCAAGUACGUGGCAAUGUUCAUUCCAAUCAGAUGCAGCUUUCUCCUCCAUCUGGUCUCCUGUUUGCAAUUGCUUCCCUCAUCUCAGUAGGGAAAAAAUUGAGUGGGAGUACUGAGAUGUGUGGGUUUUUGCCAUUGGACAAAGAAUGAGGUUAGAAGACUGCAGCUUGGAGUCUCUCUAGGUUUUCAACUAUUUCUUCACAAUUUGAACACUUGACGGUUGUCCCUUUUAAUUUAUUUGAAGUGCUAUUUUUUUAAAUAAAGGUUCAUCUGUCCAUGCAGUCCUCUUGGAUUCUCUGAAUGUAGUAACUAUGAAGCUAUGCCAAAGGUAGGCAGAAAAUGGGCUUGGGAGCCAGACACUCCAGGGAUCAGUAGUUCCUACCCUUAGUCUUUGUGUGCUUGCUAAAUGGUGUACAUUUCUUGUUAACCACGUUAUUAAAACUUGAUUAGCACAUAAGCUUUCUUCUGUUACAUCUUUUGGCAGCAAACAACCUUCCCCCUAAGCCUCUGAAUUUUGUGGGUGUGUGGUGGUGUGUGUCUGUGUGUGCAUGUACACACACACUUUGUCUAGCUCACUUUAAAAGAUUAUCAAAUGGAAUUUUAAAAAUAAUCUGAAAAGAAAUAGAUAUUUCAGGCCGGGCCUGGUGGCUUACACCUGUAAUCCCAGCACUUUGGGAGGCUGAGGCGGGUAGAUCACGAGGUCAGGAGUUCAAGACCAGUCUGGUCAACAUGGUGAAACCCCAUCUCUACUAAAAAUACAAAAAUUAGCCUGGCGUGGUGGCGUGCGCCUCUAGUCCCAGCUACCCGGGAGGCUGAGGCAGGAGAAUUUCUGGAACCCAGGAGGCGGAGGUUGCAGUGAGCCGAGAUGGCACCACUGUACUCCAGACUGAGUGACAGAAUGAGACUGUGUCUCAGAAAAAAAAAAAAAAAAAAAGGAGAAAUAGGUGUUUAAAAUACGAACAUUCUUUUGGCACCAAUUUUCUUUUUUAAUUUGGUUGUUUCUGAGAUGUACGAUCAACUGAAGAUGGAGCUGAAAUGGGAGACGGGUGGCCCCACCGUGCCCUUGAAACAGCAGAGCACUCCUCAGUAGAGAGGGAGGGAGCCAGAGCCUGAACAUGUGGUCGCCAGCUUGGAAUGUUACUGACAUAUGUGGCGAGGGCUUAGCCAGAAAUAUUUAAAGAUGUAGUAUUCUGGCCUGUGAGUUGUCUGGGCAGGGAGGGGGAGUCAGAAAGGGUAGAGAGCUCUCACAUAACUCAUGACUCUAGUGUUCCAUUCACAUGUGAACAGUGUCACUGAUGACACAUUUUCUAGGACCUUCGUUUGUUUUGUGGACCUGCCUCAGUCUCCUCAGUAUCAGGCGAUCUUAAGGGAAGAUGGAGUGUUUCAAAUUGGAGAGAAGUUCAUGGGUAGGUAUCAUCCUGUGGAAUUCUGAAUGCAAGGAAGUCAACCCCAGAGGCCUUGGUACCCCCAGCUUUCUAAAACUACUUUAUUACAAUUUAUAUGUCUAUACACAUGCACAUAUAAACGUGUGCAUUUAUGUAUGUGUGUAUAGUACCUUUUUAAAAAAAAAAAAUUCCUUUAAGCUGCUAAGCAAAGGGUCUAACAGGUUGAGCACAGUGCUGAGAGGAUGGUGUCUGCAUAAUGAAGACAUGGAUGAAGCGGAGACCGUGUUCAAACUCACUGAAAACAAUGAAUUCUUUUCCUUUUUUUCUUCCUCUCCAGUGAUCUUGCAGUUGAUUUGUUUGUUUUUUAAUUUUUUAACAUUUUUCUUAACGUUGAAAAAAUGCUGCAUCUUUCUUUAAGCCUUCCCAGUAACUUCCUGCCUCCUUUAUCCCCGUAGCUUUUAAGUGAAGCUACAGGAUUUUAUCUGUCAAUCUGCCCUUUCUACCCUUAUCCUAUUGAAAGGAUGCCCUCUUCCCUUGCUUUUGGUCUAGGGCCUGUUUGGAGCUAACUAGGCUUGGCUGAAUAUGGGCAAGACCUUCUUCCAAGGCAUGGACAAGCCCCAGAGAACAUGCAGAACGUUGACCUUUCCAUUGACUGUCUUUCAAGCUGCCAGUGAAAUCACUAAGUGGGGUUCUUCCAUGACAUAUUUUGUUAAUAUGGGUUUCGCUUUUUCCAAGAAUAGUCCCUUGUUGCCACAAUGUUGAUUUACUUUACACAAUGACAGUAUGUAUUAAUUUGUAAUUAAACCCAUCCAGAUUGUUUUAGCCUUUUCCCAAUGGGGUGGGGGAGGGAAGGAUAUUAAAAUAAGUUUUAAGAA